GAAUCCAAUUUGUGUUUUUGAAAGGCAGAAAUACUGUGAAAUGUUGAAAUAGUUUAAAUCAUCUAAGACUGAGGCAUAUAUAAUGAAACAGCUUGUAGUACUUGUAUAGAAAAAGGACAGGCACUUGUAGACCACAUUGAGACUACAGAACCUGAAGCAGUUAAGAAUGUCUCUGCCAAGUCGACAAACUGCUAUUGUUAACCCUCCUCCACCAGAGUAUAUCAAUACUAAGAAAAAUGGGCGAUUGACAAAUCAACUGCAGUAUCUACAAAAAGUUGUCCUAAAGGCUUUAUGGAAGCAUAGUUUUUCUUGGCCUUUUCAACAGCCUGUGGAUGCUGUGAAACUAAAGUUGCCUGAUUAUUAUACCAUUAUUAAAAACCCCAUGGAUUUAAAUACAAUUAAGAAGCGCUUGGAGAAUAAGUAUUAUGUGAAAGCUUCAGAAUGUAUAGAAGACUUCAAUACAAUGUUCUCAAAUUGUUAUUUAUACAACAAGCCUGGAGAUGACAUUGUUCUUAUGGCACAAGCUCUAGAGAAGUUGUUUAUACAGAAAUUAUCUCAGAUGCCACAAGAAGAGCAAGUUGUGGGUAGUAAGGAAAGAAUAAAGAAAGGCAUUCAGCAGAAUGUAGGAGUUUCUUUGGUUAAAGACAAACCAUCCCCUAACGAAACAGAAAAAGUAUUUAAGCAGCAAGCAGUUCCCUCUGUAUUUUCUGAGACAUCUGUUUCUCCCUUAAAUAUGGCACAAGGAGUUCUGCUCAACUCUACCUCACAAACUGUGGCCCAGGUUACAAGAGGUGUGAAGAGGAAAGCAGAUACAACAACUCCUACAACUUCAGUAGUUAAAGCAAGCAGCGAAUCUUCCCCACCACUUACGGAAGACAAAUCACUAAGAAUGCCACCUAUAAAAGAAGAUGUGCUGAAUAACGUUUUGCCAGAUUCUCAGCAACAAUCUAAAGUUCUGAGAAGUGUUAAAGAAAACGAACAAUUAAGACACUGUAAUGAGAUUCUGAAAGAAAUGCUUGCAAAGAAACAUUUGUCAUAUGCGUGGCCCUUUUAUAAUCCUGUUGAUGUUAAUGCUCUGGGACUUCAUAACUACUAUGACAUUGUCAAAAAUCCAAUGGAUCUUGGAACUAUUAAGAGGAAAAUGGACAAUCAAGAAUACAAAGAUGCAUAUGAAUUUGCUGCUGAUGUUAGAUUAAUGUUCAUGAAUUGCUACAAAUAUAACCCUCCAGAUCAUGAAGUGGUGUCAAUGGCAAGAAUGCUUCAAGAUGUUUUUGAAAUGCAUUUUGCAAAGAUUCCAGAUGAACCUGUUGAGAGUAUGCCUGUGAGUUACAUGAAAACAGAUCCUCCAAAAAUCCUUGAUAGAGGAAGCGAUAGUGAAGCUUCUUCUGAAGAUAACUCUUCUGAUGAUUCUGAAGAUGAACGAGUCCAGCGUCUUGCAAAGCUUCAGGAACAGCUUAAAGCUGUUCAUCAACAGCUACAGGUUCUGUCCCAAGUUCCUUUCCGUAAACUAAAGAAAAAGAAUGAGAAAUCUAAAAGGGAAAAGAAAAAAGCAAAGGUUACUAACAGAGAUGACAAUCCAAGGAAAAAGGCUAAACAAAUGAAACUAAAGGAAAAGCCCCAGAGCAAUCAACCAAAAAAGAGGAAACAGCAGGUCUUUGCUCUGAAAUCUGAUGAAGAUAAUGCCAAACCCAUGAACUAUGAUGAGAAAAGGAAGUUAAGUUUGGAUAUAAACAAACUCCCUGGGGAUAAACUUGGGCGAGUAGUUCAUAUAAUACAAUCAAGAGAACCUUCCCUGAGAAAUUCCAAUCCUGAUGAGAUAGAGAUAGACUUUGAAACAUUGAAAGCAUCAACACUAAGAGAACUAGAAAAAUAUGUUGCAGCAUGUCUAAGAAAAAGACCACUAAAACCCUUUGCUAAAAAAAUAAUGAAGUCGAAAGAAGAACUUAAUUUACUGAAAAGACAGGAGUUGGAAAAGCGGUUAUUGGAUGUCAAUAAUCAGUUAAAUUCCAGAAAGCGCCAAACAAAAUUAGCUGAGAAUACCCAGCCGUCCAAAGCAGUUGGAAGUGGUUCCCGACUGAGUGAGAGCAGCAGCAGCAGCAGCAGCAGCAGCGUAUCAGAGUCUGAAAGUAGCAGCAGUGGUUCAAGCUCUUCAGACAGCAGCGAUUCCGAAUCAGAAAUGUUUCCUAAGUUUACUGGAGUAAAACAGAACACUUCUCCUAAAGACAAUGUAGAGCAGAUACAAUCUUCUGUACAAGACACACCCUCUGCUACAACUACCCUUGUUCACCAGAUCACACAUUUAUGUGAAAUGCCACCAAAUCAUCACCAGUUAACAGUUAAUUAUCAAGAAUUAGGACAUUUUCAGCCUGUGAGAAACAUCUCACCUUCACAAUUUCUUCAUCCCUCAGGUAACUCUGAACAGCUCUUGAAUGGCCUUACUAUGAUGCAUCCGUCUGGUGAUAAUGACACUAUUGUGUUAGGAUCUGAAUGUCAAGCUCCUGUGCAGAAGGAUAUAAAGAUUAAAAAUGCUGAAUCUUGGAAAAGUUUAGGCAAACCAGUGAAAACAUCGGGGGUAAUGAAAUCCUCAGAUGAGCUCUUCAACCAGUUUAGAAAAGCAGCAAUAGAAAAGGAGGUAAAAGCUCGAACACAGGAACUAAUGAGGAAACAUCCGGAAACAAAUACAAAGGAACCAAAAACAUCUCAAGAAAAUCAGAGGGACCUUGGAAAUGGAUUGGUUCUAGAAUCUUUUACAAAUAAAACACAAAACAAGUGCCAAGGAGAAGAGCAGAAAGAGCACCAGCAGUCAUUGGAAGCUCAGGAUCAGUGCAAACUCUGGCUUCUCAAAGGCCGUAAUUUGGCAAAGGAGAAAGAGCAGGAGCGGAGGAGAAGAGAAGCAAUGGCUGGUACCAUUGAUAUGACUCUUCAGAGUGACAUUAUGACAAUGUUUGAAAACAACUUUGAUUAAAACUCAGUUUUUAGAUUAACUGUCAACUUAAAAUGAAUCAUAUACAAGAUUAAAAUGCAUAUAGUAAAAUGAUUGCUUUCAGUCACCAAGACACCAAUCUUCUAUUGUAUUUUGACUGCACUAAAAUGAUUAAACAAUCUUCACUUGUGU